AUGGCCAUUUCUUCCGACGUUUCUUUCAUCACCACCGAUGGCGUUACUCUACGAGGCAACUUGGUGACUCCUGACGAUGUCGCUGGAAAACUCUGCUGUGUCAUUCUCACCCACGGAUUUACCUGUGUCAAGGAAAUGGGACUGAUCGACAUCGCCACUCACCUGUCUUCUGCGCUUCCCCUGGCUUGUUUGGUGUAUGACCAUCGAGGAUUUGGUGCGAGUGACACGGCUCCCGCCUAUGUACGUGGUGAAAUCAUUCCUUCGCAGCAGGUCCUCGACCUCCGCGACGCUAUCACCUUUGCCUCGACCUUGUCGGUGGUCGACCCGGAUCGAAUCGCCCUUUGGGGAUAUUCCUACGCCGGGGGACACUCUAUACAAGUCGCCGCCAGUGACCAGCGGGUCAAGUGUUUGAUCGUUCACGCCCCUUGUAUCGACGGCGUCGAAACCGUCCAUCGGGUCAUUCCCGCCCACAACCUCGCCACGUUGAGACGACUUUUUGCCGCCGAUCGAAUCAACCGGAUCAAGGGAGAACCCCCAGGAACGAUACCGGUGGUGACGCCAGACGAGGGCGGGACAGCGGCAUUGGCCAGUCAAGACAGUUUUGCCUUUUUUCAUCGAUUCGAUCCAACAGUCGAUCAUGACAGUUCUUGGGUCAACAAGGUGACCUUGAGAUCACUUGAAGAAAUGUUCGGUUACGUUGCGCCUCUAUCCUCUCUUUCCCACGUCACUCCAACUCCGAUAUUAAUGGGAGUUGCUUUGAAAGAUACCAACGGUGAACCCGACAUGACUUUACGACACUACAGCAUGAUGCAUGAACCAAAGGAAUUGUGUCUCGUUGACUCGAAUCAUUACGGCUUUGUUUCCCCCGGCAACACCAGAGACAUCUUGCAGAAAAAGGAGGACCGCGACGACGUUGGUCUCAGUAAGAACGUGGGUAUAGGGCGAUGGCUCAUUCUCCGCGGUCCUGAGGGUUCCAGGACGAGGAACAUCUUUGGGACACCACAAAAGCUCCGUCUGGUGUUUUGGCGGAUGGUCUUGCAGGUCCUGUUCGAUCUCCAUCCCAUACUGGAGGCGUGCGGGGCACACGGGAUCAAAGUGCUGGUGAGCUCUGAUGGCGGAGCAGGGACCAACUCCCAGGUGGACUUCAUGGUGGGGGGGAUCCGUGAGAUCGCAGACCCCGCGUCGUGGGGUUUCCGCAUCGCGACAAUCACUUUUGACGCGCAACAUCGGGGAACCAUCUUGUCCCAAAUCUCCGCAGGCAAGACGAGACCCUGCGGGCCCGUGCCGGAACUGAAGCCCGAGGACGUCGACGAUGCGGCCUGUAUCGUGGCCCAAAUGGGCGCCGAGCCGUUUCUGGAGGUCUUGCGCGAUCCUUCGAUCGAUAUCAUCAUGGCGGGACGGUCGUUACGACCCGGCUCCCUUUGCGGCGUUUUGCAUCCACAAUGGCGUCCAGCCAUCCGCGGCCUGGCACAUGGGUUUGUCCUCACGCCCACCAAUCCCAACGCUCGAUGUACUCCCCUGACGGUCGCGGCUCAUACCAUGUACGAGAAGACCCGACCAGACAGACUGCCCGGACCGGGCAGGGUCUUGUAUCUUGAUAGCGCAACGUACCUACAAGAACCCGACGGGCGAAGCGUCGUGGUCCAAGGGGCCGAGUUCAGACCGACUCGGCAGCAGUAUGAAGUGAAGCUAGAAGGUGCGCGAAAAGUGGGAUUCCGAUCCAUUUUCAUCGGGGGCAUCCGAGACCCGUUUCUCAACGACUGCAUCGACGACUUUCUUGGUGGCCCACAACUCUUCUUCCACCUCUACGGCAAGAACGCCGUCAUGGGUCCGCUGGAGAUGUCGACCCAGACGCCCCACGAGAUCGGGGUGCUGCGUGAAGCUGUCGCGCAGACGCCAAAGGCUGCGAGUGCCCUUGCUGAAUACUCGCGCACCCUGGUCCUCCAUGGGGCCUACAAGGGCCAACUUGCCACAGCUGGCAACCUGGCGUCACCGCUGACCCCGCUCGAGUCCGACGUUGGACCGGUCUUUGAAUUCAGCCUCUAUCAUCUGAUGGAAGUCGAUGACCCCAAGGCACUGUUUCCGAUUCAUGUCUUCUCGGUCGGGACGAUGACGACGACGACGGGAGAACGGUCCGACCAGGCCGUUGUGGUCAUCAAGAAGGAAACCCCAGCAUUGACGUCAAUAGCGGAACCGGGUCCAAGAGCCAUCCGAGAUCUCGCGGCGGUUGUCCGGUCCAAGAACUCGGGGCCCUUUGAGAUCACACUGGACAUUCUUUUCGCCAAUGACUCGGAUUUCGAGCGGGCACGGAAGUCGAAUGUGCUGACGGCCGAGACGGUGCAGGAACUCUACCGUCUCAAGCCCGCAGACGACAUCAUCACUUUGAUGUUCUUCGAGCCCGCUCUCGGCCGGAAGUGCACUUUCAAGAGACCGUGGCCGCAGGGCAGCAUUGGAGAGCGGGACACAUUUGGCACUCAACUGCAUGCUCCGUUGUUUUCGGAUGUCAUUCCAUGA